AUGGGGCUGUCGCUCAAUCCGCCGCCGCAGGGGGGCUCCGAGGUGUCGCCGCCGCACUACCACGCGCACAAGGCCUUCCUGCUCUGCAACUACAUCCUGCUGGGGGCGGCGUCGAGCUGCAUCUUCCUGACGCUGUCCCUGCGCCUGAUCCCCUCCCUCUGCGGCUUCUUCCUCAUCCUCCUGCACGUCUUCACCAUCGUCGGCGCCGUCUCCGGCUGCGCCACCGCCUCCGGCUCCGGCUCCGACCGCUGGUACGCCGCCCACAUGGUCUCCACCGUCCUGACCGCCAUCUUCCAGGGAGCCGUGGCGGUGCUCAUCUACAGCCGCACCCCGGACUUUCUGGGCGAGCUCAAGUCCUACGUCAGGGAGGAGGACGGCUCGGUGAUCCUCCGCAUGGCGGGCGGCCUCUGCAUCGCCAUCUUCUGCCUCGAGUGGGUUGUCCUCGGCCUGGCCUUCGUCCUCAGAUACUACUCCUACGUCGACGGCGGCAGGAGGAGCUCCGCCAAGGUCCAGCAGGACGACAUGAACAACUGGCCAUGGCCCUUCCAGGUGUAG